ACUCUCCAUAGACAGCUCUACAGGGAAGUCUGUGACAACCUGGCCAGACUUAGGGCUCACGAUCUGGUCAGAGUCAUGGCACCCCAGACUCUGCUGCCUGUCCUGGUUCUCUGUGUGCUGCUGCUGCAGGCCCAGGGAGGAUACCGUGACAAGAAGAGGAUGCAGAAAACACAGCUAUCCCCAGAAAUCAAAGUCUGCCAGCAGCAGCCUAAACUAUAUCUAUGCAAACACUUAUGUGAAUCUCACCGAGACUGUCAAGCAAAUAACAUAUGCUGUUCUACCUACUGUGGGAAUGUUUGCAUGAGCAUUCUGUGAGUGGGAGAGUGGGCUGGGAUGUGCAUCCUGCUUCCCAGCUCCUCUAUCCAAGACUGUGCCCACAUCCGAAGCACAAGGACCUCAAGUCACCAGCAUAAGAACAUCAACAGGAAUGCCGCCCUCUCUACUGUCUGAACCCCUUGUCCCCGUCAAAUAAACCAGAACAAAUGCCCAGGGA